AUGGAACAAGACCCUGCCCAAUUUGGUCCGAUCAGUCAUGCCAGCCAUCGUUACUGCCCUCGCCCCUCGAAGGAGCCCCUAACCGAUCUCAUUGCCGACCGGGCCCCGUGCAUCUACGUCAUCACGACUUAUUUGAGCUAUACAAUCAUUCAUCUCAUCGGUUUGAUCCGAGACUUCUUCGGAAUCUACUUCAAGGAGGAAAAAUACCGGCAUCUCCGCCCCUGGAACGGAUAUGCACCCUGGUUCACUGCCCGCGAGAGCGUCUAUACACGGCGUAUGAAGGUACGUCUAGCCGACUGCCUGGACCGUCCCACCACGGGUGUCCCCGGACGGUAUAUCACGCUGCUUGAUCGAGUCACACGCGACAACAACAAAUCCUUUCAGCUCACCGGUGCCCGCACUCAGACCUUGAACCUGGGAUCCUACAACUACCUUGGCUUUGCUCAGUCCAGGGGACCCUGCGCGGAUCGCGUUGAAGAGACGAUUCGCGCGUAUGGCAUCAGCGCAGGCGGUGCCCGGGCUGACGUGGGAGGCCUGGAUCUCCACGUAGAGGUCGAGCAGCUGGUGGCUGAGUUCGUUCGCAAGGAAUCCGCCAUGGUCUUUUCUGCUGGGUUCGGCACCAACGCAACCAUCUUCCCCGCAUUGGUCGGACCGGGCUGCCUAAUUCUCUCGGAUGAGCUCAACCAUGCCUCCCUACGGUUCGGGGCGCGCCUAUCGGGCGCAUCGAUUGUGGCGUUCCGACACAACGACAUGCAGGCCUUUGAGGCAAGGUUGCGGGAGGCAAUCUCACAGGGACAGCCGGCCACCGCGACCGCCCCCAGGAGUGGCUAUCAUCCCUGGAAGAAGAUUCUGGUCGUGGUCGAGGGGCUGUAUUCAAUGGAGGGCACAUUCUGCAAUCUUCCAGCCAUCAUUGCGUUGAAGCGCCGGUACAAGUUCCACCUGUUUGUAGAUGAGGCACAUUCCAUCGGCGCACUGGGUCCGGAGGGUCGAGGCGUCUGCGACUAUUUUGGCAUUGACCCGCGGGAGGUUGACAUCCUAAUGGGCACGCUCACGAAAUCCUUUGGCGCCGUCGGAGGAUAUAUCGCAGCAGAUGGAGAGAUCGUGCGCAAGCUUCGCGCCGUGAAUGCGGGCGUGUUGUACAGUGAAGCUAUAGCCCCGGCUCUAAUGGCGCAGAUCUCCGCUUCGUUUCACAUCCUGACUGGUGAGCUACUGCCGGGCCAGAAGGAAGAACGACUGCAGCGCCUGGCCUUUAAUUCGCGUUACCUGCGCCUCGGCCUCAAGCGGCUAGGGUUCAUUGUCUAUGGGAACGACGAUUCCCCCGUCAUCCCGUUGAUUCUGUAUAAUCCGGGUAAGAUGACCGCAUUCUCACGAAUGAUGCUUGCCCGUGGGAUCUCGGUGGUGGUGGUCCCAUUCCCCGCCGUUCCGCUCGAGCUGUGUCGAGUGCGUUUCUGUGUCUCUGCAGCGCAUAACCUGGAGGAUCUCAACCGCGUUCUGGCGGCGUGUGACGAGAUUGGGGAUAUUCUGAGAUUGAAGUUUUCCAGUGGCGUUGCGGGUGGAUUGGGUUGUAGAACCAAGCAGUCGGCGCAUGGAAACUCAAUCCCACCGAGGUGGAAAUUGGAGGACGUAAUUCGCUGCGGAGUCCAGGAUGUACAACAACGCUUGUAUUGA